AUGCCGGAAAGCUUCUUCACGGAGAUCAGAAUCCCUCAGCAGAAGGCUUACGACGAGAUCGUAUUCCCGCAAGUCCUAUCUCUAAAUCCUAGCGGCAAUAAUUUAAUCCAGGACGUCUCCGAUCUGAAGGAGGCCAUUAAAGCGCAGAAGCCCUGGCUUGAGUCGCUGCUUCACGUGAGCGGGGCUCUUCUCCUCAGGGGAUUUCCUAUAGGGACGGCCUCCGACUUCAACGACGUCGUCGAAGCUUUCGGCUUCGAGGAGUUGCCCUACGUCGGUGGCGCGGCGCCUCGGACCAACGUCGUCGGCAGGGUUUUCACAGCCAACGAGUCUCCGCCUGACCAGAAAAUCCCCUUUCACCACGAAAUGGCUCAGGUCCCCAAGUUCCCGUCCAAAUUGUUUUUCUUUUGUGAAGUAGAACCAGGAAAGGGGGGAGAAACCCCCAUUGUUCUUAGCCACAUAGUGUAUGAUAGAAUGAAAGAGAAGUACCCAGAGUUUGUCGAACAAUUGGAGGAGCAUGGACUGAUCUAUACUCGAGUUUUGGGGGAAGAGGAUGAUCCUACAUCACCAAUUGGUCGCGGAUGGAGGUCCACCUUUUUGACCAAAGACAAGAGCGUGGCAGAGGAAAGGGCGGUGAAGCUGGGGAUGAAGCUGGAAUGGCUAGAAGAUGGCGGAGUGAAGACAAUAAUGGGUCCAAUCCCAGCCAUUAAAGUAGACAAGAGCAGGCAACGCAAGAUAUGGUUCAACAGUAUGGUGGCUGCUUACACAGGCUGGGAAGACAAGCGGAACGAUCCUCUGAAGGCCGUCACCUUCGGGGACGGGAAGCCUUUGCCGGGAAACAUCAUCCACGAUUGCCUUAGAACCCUUGAGGAGGAAAGCGUUGCAAUUCCCUGGCAAAAGGGUGAUGUUAUGGUGCUGGAUAACUGGGCUGUUCUUCAUGCUCGCAGGCCAUUUGACCCUCCUCGCCGGGUAUUAGCCUCACUGUGCAAGUAAAAAGGGGAUGCAAUCUUCCAAUAUUUUGUACACGGAACCUCUUCUGGCUUGUCAAGCUUUGCGCAUCAUAAAUAAAUAAUUGAGAUAUACUAGCUUUAAUGCGAAGAA